UCCACCAAUCCAUGCUUCACCGUUCAAACCAACCAAAUCAACAAAGUUAUUUCUUUCUUUUUGCAAUCCACUGUUAUACCUGUUCUUCUCUCGGACAUUUUAUCAAACACUUCGGUUGCUAACAAAAACCAGAAAGAAAGUGGCAAUGGAAGUUCAAGCGGGAGGCAAACCUUGCCUUACGAGAAAAGGCUCAACCUCCUCUUCCUUUCGCCUUCGCAGCCCAAGUCUCAAUUCCCUCCGUCUCCGCCGUAUUUUCGACCUCUUUGACAAAAAUGGCGAUGGCAUGAUCACAGUCGAGGAUCUUAGCCAAGCACUAACCCUUCUAGGUCUGGACGCUGAUUUCUCCGAGCUUGAAUCUACAAUCAGAUCUCAUAUAAAGCCAGGAAAUGACGGUCUAGCUUUCGAAGACUUUGUUGCUCUUCAUCAAUCUCUGGACGACGCCUUCUCUAGCAACGAGCAGAAUGUCGAGGAUGCAGGGGACGCGAUAUCGCAGGAAGAGUCUGACCUGACGGAGGCUUUCAAGGUUUUCGAUGAAGACGGUGAUGGGUAUAUAUCUGCGCAUGAACUGCAAGUCGUUUUGAGGAAACUGGGGAUGCCUGAAGCUAAAGAGCUGGAUAGAAUUCAGCAAAUGAUCAUCUCCGUGGAUAGCAAUCAGGAUGGGCGUGUUGAUUUCUUUGAAUUCAAGGAUAUGAUGCGCAGCGUUCUUGUUCGCAGCUCUUAAUUAAAUUUUGAUUUUGAUUUUGAUUUUCCCUUUUCAUUUUCGUUAUUUACUUUUCGUUUUUCUGCAGUUAUGGCGGGAUUUCUCCAUGCGUGCAUAUGUUAAUAUGCCUAUCAUAUUCUUAACAUCCGUUGUUAAGGUUUUGUAAACAGACAAAUUUAUAUACUGGAAAGCCCAUCUCUAAUGUGAAUUUCCAUGUUUCAUAAA